UCUUAUUUAAAAAAAAAUUUUGAUUUUUCGAUACUUGAAAACUAAAUAUUUUUUUCAUUAUAAAUAAAGUCCAAUGACAAACUUUCAUUAUGCAAAAAGCAACACACUAGGAAUUCAUCCAUUAGUGAAAUUUCAAACUCGAAUUUCAACACUUUUUUUUCUAACUAACCCUUCUUAUUUUAGUGAUUCAUCAAAUGAAGAUUCCCUUGUUGUUCGACAAUUUAUUCGUAAAUAUUUAUCAAUUAUAAGUGAAGGUGGUGCACGUUUAUCUAUACGUUAUAUGUCAGAAUAUUUUGUUUCUCUUCAUGAUUUUGCUCGUAAUAGUAUUGAUGAAUGUUAUUUAUUACUUGAUUGUUCAUGUAUACAACAAUUAAUAACAUUUUAUAUGUUACAUCAUGAUUGA